UCCAUUGAUUCGAGAGGUGACACUGGGAUGAGAUGGCACGGAUUUUUAUCUGAGAAUCCAAAGGCAUUGCUCAAUAACCAAGCACUGUUACCUCAUUGAUAGACAUGACUCUGACUAAUGGGAUAUAAAUCGUCGAUCCAUGCACCAUUUUUGUUCACUUUCGACGCUUCUUCUUAAUGGGAGUUAUGUUCUGUAAACACCGACAUUCGCUUCUCAAAUACCGUUUUGAUUUACGAGAGUUAUUUAAUUUCGGCCGAUAAGCUAAAUACUGCUUCUGGAAUAUAAACCACUUCUUUUGAAAAAAAAUUGGCGGAAGGGACGAAGUGAUGGAUAGUCGUACAUCUGGAGAACAAGGAAACCAGAUUCCUCCGUUGGAACCUAAAGAAGAUUCGAUUUCGGAUGCACAAAUACUUUGGGAAAAAGUGGCUCGCCCAUUGAAAAUACCAAUGAUUAUUUUCGGUCUAUAUCAUGAGAAAGGAACAAAGAUAAUUUAUCCGGAGUCUGCGUUCAAAGGCGGCUCUCUACCAUUUUUGGCUAUGAGGAUCUACCACAUUCUAAUUAUGUUAUAUCUAUGGUUUAAUUUCGCGCGGUUUUUGGUUUCGUUUCAGAUGACAGGUUCUCAUCAUUCUCAAGAUUUAACCUACAAUAAUAUAUCCGUCUCCUCUUGGGCUUUUCUUGUUGCUGCAAACAACACUGUUUUCUUGAAAAUUUGCUACAAAGGAGAUAUCUUUCAACUCAUUGCUAACCAUUCAAAGCUUUGUUUCCGCGCCGUACAAUCAGAAGACGGGGCUUCUAACAGAAGGCAGAUUCAGUCAUCUUGGACGAAGUACCGCUCGUUUGCAAUAGGUGGAACUAUUAUAGGCCUAUGUGCAUCAUGCGCUAACAUAGCAGCCAUUCUCUUUAUGAACUAUGGUUUAGAGGAAUCGUCCAUCUACCAUAGGGUAAUGUGUUUCCCGUGGUCUUCAGAUCUUGCAUGUGGCCUUUCCGCAGUCUUUGCGGUUUAUGGCUCAGCAACAUGGACCUUGACAGUCGUUUUCAUAGCUUUCAUCUGCUACAUCAUGUCGGGUCAGUUUGCCCAGUUGACCCGAGACUUUGCCAAGACAUUUGGCGAGAGGAGGAACUUCGACGCAAAGCUUCUGGACUCCUUUCGACGAAAUUUCAACACACUCUGCAGGUCCGUCGAGCUCGCGGAUGAAAUGCUAUCACCUUUUGUCGCUAUUGCAUAUUGCACAAAUAUCCCUGGUAUCAUAUUUCUCUUGUAUCAAGUUUGGUUUCCGGAUAUUGGUACUGGCACAUCCUAUCAUCUGAUUGCAUCAUUCUGGAUUGUUGGAACUGUUUUGAAUCUAGCCAUCGUUUCUUACUUUGCUGUCACAGUUCACGAAAAGGUGGGCACAUAUAGAUAUCAUAAUAUGAGAUUUAUUUCAUUGGUUAGAGAUGUGUAA